ACUUCACCUCCUGCUCCUGUGGAAGUCUCAGAAACACCACCUGAAGCUGGAAAUCUCCAUCCUCCUCCUCCCAGGGAUCACACAGGAUGAAGACGUGAAUCCAGUCGGGCUCAGCCUGGAGACGCACAGAGAGAGCYGGCCGGAGGACAGAGAAAGUCAGAGGAACUCACCCAGAGCCGGUGCCGCGCAGUCCGGUCCGCAGACCGUCUCAGCAAGCCGCUCUUCAGCGCCCAUCAUCCGGCCACCGCUCCACUCUGACCGCGCCGCUCUGCGCACAAACCGCACAGAUUCACACACACGUACAGACACACACGCGAGCGAGCGAGCGAGCGCGCGCUCUCGGAGAACUUUUUCUUUCUCUCCGGAUCUUCUGCUCCGAGUUCAGAUCUGGUCCGACAACAGAAGGACCCGGACCCGAACCAAGGUCCAGCCCUGGAUUCACUACUGCUGAUCAAUGGACAGAGCCUCUUCGGCGGGCAGCAGCGCUACAGACACGCCGUGAACAACUCUUUGUCUCUGACUGGAGCUCCGUUGGGGGUGUGGAGGAGGAUGGAGCGAGGAGGGGAGAGUCCCGUCGCCCAGGGCAGUCCCGAGCGGAGGGGCGGCAGUCCGGACCUUAGCGGGCUCCCACCGCCAGGAAAGAAAAGCCGACUGGAGCUGAACGGGAGCCCCACCGGGCCACGAACCCGCCACAAUGGAGCCCCGCCGCGGCCCCUUGGAGGUCUGAUGAUUCCCGUCUUCUGCGUGGUGGAGCAGUCGGACGCGGGGCUUCAGGGCGACGGGUGUGAGGGAAGGGAGGAGCACGCCGAGUUUGUGCUGGUCAGGAAGGACAUCCUCUUCUCCCAGCUGGUGGAGACGGCCCUGCUGGCGCUGGGCUACUCCCACAGCUCGGCCGCGCAGGCCCACGGCAUCAUCAAGGUGGGACGGUGGAACCCUCUGCCCAUCCACUUCCUCACAGACGCACCUGAAGCGACCGUGGCAGACAUGCUGAUGGAGGUCUAUCACAUGGUCACGCUGCACAUUCAGCUGCAGAGCUUUGCGAAGCUGGAAGAUCUGCCCUGUGAGCAGUGGAACCACGCRACUGUCAGGAACGCUCUGAAGGAGCUGCUGAAGGAAAUGAACCAAAGCACUCUGGCCAAGGAGUGUCCUCUGUCUCAGAGCAUGAUUUCCUCCAUAGUGAACAGUUCUUACUAUGCCAACGUCUCCACUGCCAAAUGUCAAGAGUUUGGACGUUGGUACAAGAAGUACAAGAAAAUCAAAGGGGAUUAUCUGGAGAAGAUGUGGGCUGGUCGCGACGCCGCAGACAUUAAAAUUGAGAGGGACAACAUGUCGGACUUCUGCGUGCUGGGGCCGCGGCCCCCGCCCCACCUGSCUCAGCUCAGCCACCUGAGUGCCGGCGGCCCCCUCCUCAAASCCGGAUCCGGGGACCCUCAGACCCCGUCGCAGCCGCUCCAGCAGCCCCCUCCGCCCCCUCCGCCCCAACAGCAGCCAUCGCCUCAUGGUCCCCUCCACCACAGCCCCCCUCUCCGCACAGGGCAGGUGCCUCCUCCUCCCCCACCGCCUCCGCCGGGUGCGCUGCAGCCCCUGCUGGGGCCAGGUGGGCUCCUCUCGCCGCAGCUCUCCCCACAGCUGGUUCGCCAACAGCUCGCCAUGGCCCACCUCAUCAACCAGCAGCUGGCCGUGAGCCGCCUGCUGGCCCAUCAGCACCCUCAGAGCCUCAACCAGCAGUUCCUCAACCACCCGCCCAUCCCCCGGGGUUCCUCCAAAGGAGCGUGCGACCAUCCCGGGAGCAACCCUUCGGCCGCCGAGGUGUCCUCUGAAAUCUACCAGCAGGUCAGGGAUGAGCUGAAGAGGGCCAGCGURUCCCAGGCCGUGUUCGCCAGGGUGGCCUUCAACCGCACACAGGGCUUGCUGUCKGAGAUCCUGAGGAAGGAGGAGGACCCCCGCACAGCGUCCCAGUCCCUGCUGGUCAACCUGAAGGCCAUGCAGAACUUCCUGAACCUGCCGGAGAGCGAGAGAGACCGCAUCUACCAGGAGGAGAGGGAGCGCACCAUGAACCCCUCAGUGGGGCUGCCCUCCUCCAACUCCACCAACCCCGGAGCCCAGCGCCUCACGCAGAAAGUGUGGGAGAGGAGCCUGGACGACCCAAUAGCCCCGGACACCUGGGCCUCCAUCUGGAAGAACAAGACGAAGAUCUCCAACUCUCCGAAGCCGUCCGGCCCGGGCCCAGACCUGCCUCUGAAGCUGGAGUCGCUGGUCAACAUCACGUCGGGCAUCUACGACGAGAUCCAGCAGGAGAUGAAGAGAGCCAAAGUGUCGCAGGCUUUGUUUGCCAAGGUGGCCGCCAACAAGAGCCAGGGCUGGCUGUGUGAGUUGCUUCGAUGGAAGGAAAACCCCAGCCCCGAGAACCGCACCCUGUGGGACAACCUGUGUACCAUCCGGAGGUUCCUGGCGCUGCCGCAGGCUGACAGGGACCUGGCCUACGAGGAGGAGUCCCGACACCAUCACAGCGAACGGCUGCACACCGUCCUCCACCUGCCGCAGGACGCUCAGGCACUUCACAGGCCACCCCCGCUUCCAGUAAAGGAGCACCACUUGUCUCCCAUGCGCGAAGAGCCGCUGCCCGCCCAAGCGAAUGAGGAGAGGUCACAGAACUUGGGAGUUGGAGCAGCAGGCGGAUGUCCUCCUGUGAAAACUGAUUGGUUCUUCCUGUUUGAAUCGGCCGUUUCCUUCCAGAUUUCCUUAGAGGCCCUGGCCAUACUGCAGAGCUUCAUCCAGGAUGUGGGCCUGUACCCGGACCAGGAGGCCAUCCACACCCUGUCUGCGCAGCUCGACCUGCCCAAGCACACCAUCAUCAAGUUCUUCCAGAACCAGCGCUACCACGUCAAGCACCACGGCCGCCUCAAGGAGCUGGGCGAGGGGGCGGCGGCCAGCGGUGGCGUCGACGUCAGCGAGUACCGGGACGAGGAGCUGCUCUCCGGCUCCGAGGACCCGGAGUCCAGCGAGGACGGGGCCGAGGAGAUCUACCAGACGGCAGAGGGGAGCAGCGGCAGCACGGGGGGGCUGAACCAGCCCCCGACCUCCUCCAGCUCCACCCCCAGUCAGUCGUCCUCCGGUAACGGUGUCGCUCUAGAGGAGGGCAAGGACAARGGGCCCGGCCGGCUUGGUGGUCCUCUGGUUCCGGGCGGCUCCUCCUCAUCCAGUCCUCAACAGCAGACUGACUACCAGAGGUAGAAACCGAGCGACGUCGCCAGAUCAGGACGAAACUGGAGAAGAAGACUCUGGGAAGUUGUCAUGACAGCAGCAAAGCGACGGCGUGAGGCGUGGAUGUCCGUGACGGCACACUGAUCUGAGAUCCCACUCGUACAUGACUCAAACAGUUCAUCGUGACAAUCUCCCAUCUGUGGAAUUUGUGAAUUUACCUCAGAAACAGACUGCAGGUUUUUUUAGAAGCGGUUUGUGUAACUGUGACCAAAUGACCACMGAACCGUUUUAUCGUCCCCCCCGUCUGAUCCUCCUUCUGAUCACUGAAGUCUGAGCACACCUCACMGGGAAAGUCCUCACCUGACCGUCAGGUUCUCUCCCCUCAGAGGCGACGGGAACCUGAGGCUUUCAUCCGUCCUCAGGAGACGGUGACGUUGCUUUCGCCUGCCUGAGAAUGCACACAGACAAGCUUUAAUGCGCCGAGGGAGGAGGUCAAACGAGACUCCAGAGCCCCCGGUAGUCCUGUCUAG